GUUGAUCGUUCGAUGAGAGUCAAUACAGAUAUAUGGUCAUGGGUCAAACAAGUACAGACUUGGCGCAUGCGUUGUCUUGUUUCCAAGGUGUACAUAGCACGGAACUUGGGCUAUCUCUCAACCUCACCUGUCGGCCUGACGGUCACUCUCUUUGAGCUCAUCAUUUGAUCAUCUGGAUUAGCAGGAUACGAGAGCAAUAAGGUAGCUAGAAUCGAUUUUCGAUGGCAUUGCCUCCCCGGUCACGUGUCAUGACGCCUCAGGAAUGAGAUGCCGAUGCCGAUGCCGAGAGACCGGCGUCGGCGACAUGGGCUGCGAGAUAAGAUGCGUGGGGCAAAUGAGCCUGAUUUUGUGUUAACCUCCCCAGAGCCGUCAUAUUCCAGGGGCCCUGCCGAUAUGAAGCGCAGCUACGAGAACGCUCUGAAACUCCUGGAGAGCCGCCGACGAAAAGCUCGGCCAAGAGCGCCCGCGCUGGUCCCAACAAACCAAGAUGCAGCGACCCCGACUGACAACCAAGCAUUGCGGGGCGUGCCUAGCUUGGUUGGAAUGGAAGACUGGUUGCGAAAAUUAGGGCACUCGGACAAUGAUGUGAACGGCCUCAACAUCGUUCAUGUCGCCGGUACCAAAGGGAAAGGCAGCACCUGUGCAUUCACCCGCUCCUUCCUUCGCACCCAUGGGUUGCGCACCGGAUUCCCUCAGAAGGUCGGGCUUUAUACUUCGCCUGAUUUGCAGUGCAUCCGCGAGAGGAUCCAGAUCAACGAGCAGCCGAUACCGGAGGAGCUAUUCACUCGUUACUUCUUCGAAGUAUGGGAAAAGCUGGAGACUCCUAGUCCAGAACCUAGUGUCCUUCCUGCCAGACAGCCGCGCUAUCUUCAGCUUCUCGCCCUUCUUGCGUUUCACACAUUCAUCAGAGAGAAUGUUGAUGCGGCUAUAUUCGAAACGCACCACGGCGGAGAAUAUGACGCCACAAAUGUCAUUCAGAAGCCGGCGGUGACAGCUAUCACCGCUCUCGGUAUGGAUCAUGUUGCGCAGCUUGGCCCCACGAUUGAGAACGUUGCUUGGCAUAAAUCCGGGAUUUUCAAGCCCGGCGCACCUGCGUUCUCAGUCUCGCAGGGGGAAGAUCCCGCCGAAGUGCUGCGCCUUCGAGCUGCUGAAAGGCAGACCACUUUGACAUUUGUCUCGACGAAUGACUCGCUUCCGGUCAAUAACAAGACUCUUAGUAUCCCUGUGCAGCGCCUGAACUGUUCUCUGGCUCUUGAGCUAACUAGAGCCUGGCUAAAAAUCAAAACGCCAGAGCAUACAUUGGACGAGUCAGACAUUGCCGGUGCUGUGGAAAAUUUUAAGUGGGCUGGUAGGUUUGAGAUCAUCGAGGAUGGAGAAUCUCGGUGGUUCAUAGAUGGGGCCCAUAACACGUUGAGUCUCGGACAAGCGGCUGCAUGGUUUGUCUCAAACACCAACACGCCUGCAAGAAAUCUAUGCCGCAUUCUGAUUUUCAGUCACUUCUCGGAGGAGCGUGACGGGGUUGACCUUGUCGAGUGUCUGGCGAAGGCGCUUGCGGAAUUGCGGGCUAUGCCGGAAUAUGUCAUAUUUACCACGUACGAAGAGAGGGAAGAUGGAUCCACCAGAAUAGAUAAAACUCUCAAAAUCCCGGAGACCCCAUCCCCAGAUAUGUGCUCCAUAUAUACUUCGUUGUGGAGACAACGCGAUGCCAAGGCCUCAGUCUUGAGUGAAGCAACUAUCGAGGGCGCGAUCAAACUGGCCAACAGAAUCGGCGCUGCACAAGGCGGUGCUCAGAUCCUCGUGACUGGCAGUCUUCAUCUGGCUGGAGGUGCUCUCAGCAUCUUACGGCCUCAAGUAUAACUCUGCUUAUGCUGCUCUCUGUCGAAAGAGAUGCGAUAGACCAUUGUAGAUAUUUAUUUACCAUUAGAUAGAUCACUGCCAAUAGCCACUGAAUUUAGCAU